CUCGCGGUCGCAAGGACGGCGCCAGCAGCCACCGCCCAGAGCAGCAGGAUGAGAGAGAGAGCGGGACCGGGACAGGGACCGGGUGGGACACGUGACUGGCAUUUGAAGAACAAGACAUGCCUACCAAGCUCCGUCCUGCUCGUAGUAAGCCUGGUAUUGUAACUGUCUUUCUGGAGUGGCUCUUCUCCCAUGGUGCCCUCUCAGGCAUGGCCGUCGUCCUCGCCGUCGGCUACGCUGCCACCCUCGCUGCGCCCAUCCUGCUGGCCUCGGCUGCUGCUCCUCGACUGGUGACCUCGACCUCGCACGCGGUGAUCAACAAGGCCUGCUCGGCCGCCAUCCUGAUCCUGCUCAUUGCCCAGUAUGCUGGCAUGCUGCCGUCGCCGCUGGAGGUCUUUGUGGUCGGCGAGUUGUUCAUGGGACCCAUUCGUGCCAUGUGCGCUGCCUUUGCCACCGGCGGCCUCGCCGUGUACAUCUGGGCCAUGCUCAUGCGCCUCGGCCUCCUUGUCCCGACCUCGUUCAAGACCACCGAGGACAAGACUGUCCUCAUUAUGUCUGGGCCCUUUGAUAUUGUCCGCUACCCGCACCUCUCGGCCGUCAUCGUCAUCGAGUUUUGCCUUGGCGUCGUCUCAACCAACCUGAUGGUCCUUGUCAUUGCUCUCGCCUCGGCCGUCGUCGCAAACUACCGCGUCGCCGCCGAGGACUCCAUCUAUGGCCGCCUCUUCAAGCGCGACAUGAUCAGCUACAAGUCGCGCCAGAUUGGCGUCCUCAUCCCCAUCAUUGAGAUCGAGUAACAUCCUCUGUCAUAAUACAA